AUGAGGUUCGGCUACGGUCUGUCUCGGCUGCUGGGCUCGGUGUAUGGCAACGGCAAUGUGGUCUUCCUCCCCCCAGACGGCACCUGUGUUCUCUCCCCUGUGCGCAACCGCGUGCUGUUGAUAGACCUGGUGAACCACAGCUCGUCCGUGCUGCCGUUCGAGAGCCGGAAGGAGAUACGCCUCCUUACCCCUUCUCGAGACGGCCGGUUGUUGCUUGUGCUGGACGUGGACGGGAGAGCGCUCCUAGUCAACCUGCAGCGGCGGGUCGUUUUGCACCGCUUCAACUUCAAGAAAAAGAUCCGUGCCAUCAGCUUCAGUCCGGACGACCGUUUCAUCGCCGCCGGUGUCGGCAAGAAGGUGGAGGUGUGGCGGACUCCGGGGAGGCGGCACCAGAUCGCUCCGCUGUCGCUGCUUCGCGGGUACGGCGGCCUGCAGGACGACGUCACCUGUCUCGCGUGGGGCCCGGACUCUCGCCACCUCGUUGCAGGAUCGAAGGACGCGACGGCACGGGUGUUCUUUGUCAACGAUACGGGGGAGGACGCCGCCUUUGUACCGACCACCCUGGCAGGGCAUCGUGACGGGCUGUGCGGCUGCUUCGUGUCCGAGAGCGGCGACGAGGUGUACACGGUGGCGAGGGACGGGGGAGUGUUCGCGUGGGAGUGGGUCCCAGACGAAGAGAGAAAACCCUCCUUGCUGCCGCCGCCGUUGCCGGAGCCGAAGAAGAGAAGGAGUGAGGGGAGGAGAGAGGGAGAUGAUUUUUCGCUAUCCGGGGGGGAAGAGGAGAGCGAUGAUGGUGGUAGUGAGGGGGGGGCAGGCUCUGGGCAGGAAAGUCAGGAGGAGGAGGAGGAGCAGCACCGACGACCUGAUUUUGGGGAGCUGCGAACUCCCGCGUUCGGCAAGUGGAGGCUGGUGUCAAAGCACUUCCUUAGGCCCGGCGGCAGCUGCAACAUCACCAGCGCGUCCUUCCACGCUAAGCGGAGCUUACUGGUGCUCGGAUUCUCUAGCGGCGUGUUCGGGUUGUACGAGAUGCCGGACUGCACGGCGAUCCACACACUCAGCGUCGGUCAGGCGGGUAUCGGAACCUGUGACGUCAGCACCACCGGUGAUUGGCUGGCGUUCGGCUGCGCCAGGCUGGGGCAGCUGCUGGUGUGGGAGUGGCAGAGCGAGACGUACGUGCUCAAGCAGCAGGGGCACGGGUACGGCCUCAAUUGCGCCGCGUUCGGGGCAACGGGGUCGGUGUGCGCCACGGGGGGGGACGAUAGCAAGGUGAAGCUGUGGUCAACAACAAGCGGCUUCUGCUUCGUUACCUUCACGGAGCACGAGGCUCCCGUCACCGCUGUCCGGUUCACGCCGAAUGCUUCGGCCGUGGUGUCGGCUUCGCUCGACGGGACUGUCAGAGCGCACGACCUCGUGAGAUACAAGAACUUCCGGACGUUGGUCACUCCUCAGCCGGCGCAGCUGACAUCGUUGGCGCUAGACGGGUCGGGGGAGGUGGUGGUGGCCGGGGCGAUGGAUCCUUUCGAGGUGUACGUGUGGUCGCUACAGACCGGGCGUCUGCUGGACGUGUUGGCGGGCCACGAGGCGCCCCUCUCGGAGCUGUGCUUCAGCCCCAGCCAGGGCGUGCUAGCCUCGGCAAGCUGGGAUGGAACCGUCAAGCUGUGGGACGUCUUCAAGAGCGAGUGCAUCGAGACUCUGGAGAUGCCGGCGGACGUGUUAGCCGUGACCUUCCGGCCCGACGGUAGGCAGCUAUGCUGUGCGUGUCUCAACGGUACCUUGCAGCUCUGGGGCACGGAUGGAGGCGACCUGCAGGGAAUCAUCGAGGGACGUCGCGAUAUUGCCGGAGGAAGACGCGCCCACGACAUGGUAACCGCGGCCAACUCGAACCACGGCAAGUACUUUACGAGCGUCGACUACACCGCGGACGGUACCUGCGUGGUGGCAGCCGGACAGAGCAAGUUCGUCUGCAUCUACGAGUGCUCGCAGCAGAUCUUGGUCAAGAAGUUUCAGAAGAACACAUCUUGA